AUGAAUUUGGCGCGUAAUUUAUCAUCGGUAAAAAGCUUCGUUAGAUUAAGUUCAAAAAUUGCGAUUGAGGAAAUGUCACGAGAGAUGAAUGGUUCCGUAGUCGCUCCGGUCGCUGGUACCGCCAUCAUCAAAUCCAGUGACAAUAAAGCGAUUCGCCAGGCUGCUAACCUGCUCGAAUCGGGAAAAGUCAUUGCGCUUCCGACGGAUACCGUGUACGGGCUGGCCUGCAGUGCCAACGAUCCCAAAGCCAUCCAGCGGCUGUACGCUAUCAAGGGACGGGAAGAGCGGAAACCGGUGGCCAUUUGUGUGGCGGAGUUUGACGACCUUCGGCACUGGGGCCAAGCGGAUCAUUUGCCGAACGAGCUGCUCGAGCAGCUGCUUCCGGGUCCGGUUACAAUCGUGGUACGAAAAUCUGUCCACUUGGAUAAUCCAUUCCUCAAUCCGGGCGUGGAAAAGAUUGGAAUCCGAAUCCCAGAUUUCGAUUUCAUCCGGGACGUUUCGCGAGCAUUUCGGUACCCGGUAGCGUUGACCAGUGCCAACAGGAGUUCCGAACAGAGUACGCUGAACGUGCGGGAAUUUGAGAAACUGUGGCCGAUGUUGGGCGCCGUUUUCGACGGGGGACAGUUAGGGCUGCGGGAGGAACAACGAGCAGCUUCCACGGUGAUCGAUCUAUCGCAGGUGGGACAGUACAAAGUGAUUCGAGAAGGAGUGGCCGUUGAGCACACGGUUCGCGUGGUUGAGCAGUUUGGCUUCAAAAGCGUAGUUUAAGGGGACGUGUACCUAUUGUUAAUUUAGUGAAAUCUUGUGUAAUAAAAUUAAUUGAAAAUAAAUGUGAAUGCUAGAAUUACAGACAAA